AUGAACGAGCAUGCGUCGCUGUACGAGUACUGGCGUAGGCUGCUCAUGGAAGAGCAGCAGAACGAGGAGCGCAACCACAUGCUAAUGCGCAAGCUCGACGAGAUCGAGCAACGCACCAGCCUGCUCAGCGAGCGCUCCGAGAGACUGCGACAGCUCAGGUUGAAUUACAGCAACAUCUUCUCGGCAAUGAGACUGUGCUGGUGGCAGAUACUUAUUUACAGGGGUCAUGUGUAUCUAACAGUCGUCGCACCUAGUUCGGUGGCGAUGGACGUGGACCGUCCAGGGCGUCUGCCGGAACCGGUGGCGUCAGCGACGGCCACCUCCAGAAAACGGAUCGGGCUACAGACUGACAGCGAAGGCACCCAUGUCUACUCGCUCAGCAGCGAGGGCCCUUCGGAUGACGACGACUUCGAACUUGUGCGGAGCCGCAAGGCGAAGAGGAGGAACAUCAGGACCUCUUCGUCCUCCAGUAGACAAACUAUUGGGCCCACGCGGAGCCCCGACGCCAACAAGCGGCUUAAUAGGCAAUCUGUCUUGAUUAGGCUGGAGACCGUGAUGCCCAACGAAAUCACGGUGAUUGAAGUGAACACCCGCAAAAAUGUACUGGCGGUUGAUCUUCUGCAUGCGGGUGCACUUAGUGCCCUAAGCAAGAUAACAGAGCUUGAUGGCAUGCAGGAUAAUUUUUCAGAGCUGAUCCGGGAACGCUAUCUGAGUCCCGAAGAAAUGAGCUACAGAUAUGAUUACAACCAGCCUUCGAAGACAUCUGACUACAGCCCUCCUGAGUACAUCCCCGACCCGAUUCUGUUCGGCUUGUCGACACCGCCCUGGAUUCCUCGCGAAGGCCCCCUCCUGCUCUCGCGCAACCAGACCCCCGAACGUUGGAGGCCUCCGCCUUCACCUCCGGCGGCCGCGGUGCCUCCGGCGCACCGCCAACCUCGCGCCCCGUCACCGCAUCCGGCGACUAAGGAACCCGCCAGCAGCGCCGACAGACGUCCGCGAUACCCUGACGGCGAGACGAGUGAGCCGUGGUUCAACCACUUCGCCAAGAACAGCGGCGGAUCCUUACUUGAGCCUUCCGUAUACUGGAUGCCGGACAGUGCCGAAUUCUUUCGCACUACCAGCGCGCUAGACAGGAAACCUGCGCGGUCGAUGGCCACUGAGGAGGAAGACAACAUGCCACACGCUGCCACGGACGCGACAUUAUCGAUGAAGCAGCAAGAUCAUCAAGAGCAGUACCAGCAGCAACAGCAACAGCAGCAGUACCACCACCAGCAACAGCAACAGCAGCAGUACCACCACCAGCAACAAAUGCCAUCGCGCAUGAGCCAGUUCUCGGAUUACAUCCCGAGCAACGAGUCGCCACCUGCGGCGAGGAGGCGCCUGGGUCCGUCAACCCAGCCACCGGACCUCGGAGGUGUCUUCAUCAACCACACGACCGAAGUGCUUCUCUCGGACGCCGGGGCAACAGGUAAGACGCGUCAGCAACAGGACCACUGCGUAGCAGACACGAAGAAAGCAGCCGACAGUGACACGAGCGGCGACAGCUUCCACCAGGGCGACACAGACGAAGGGCGGCACGACCCGAAGUCCAUACCCACUGUGCGCCUCCGCAAAGCCAGCAGGAGCCACGGCGGGCAGGCUGCAGCGAGCCGCUCCAGGGAAGGACACGACACUGGGACUCCCCUGAAAAAGCAGGGAUCGUUCAAGCAGUCGAGAAGAGAGGCCGCUCGUGAAGCGACCCCGGCAUCACGAGGAGCUCAGCCGCACGCUGCGCCGCGGAACGUCGCGCCGACAAGGCGACCGUCCAACGGCAGUGGCGCAGAGCCCAGCAAGUCGACUCCCAGUAAUUCGAGGACGUCGAAGGACGCGUACGAGCCUGAGCGGUCAACGAGGAGGGUGAGACAGCAUGUUCGAACUGGGGAUCAUGAGUCACAUAUUGACCGGAAUGAUGUCAAACAAACGGCGCACGACGCGCCUGAGAGGAGCGAGGCCAGCGACGCGGGCCACGACAAGAACAGCGACUGGUCAGUGUCCUGCGGAGAACAGCUGCAGUUGAGCGAGAGCAAGCAAGAUGCGUCGCGGGACACUGGUCAGAGAGAGGACGAAGUCACGCGGAUUCAGGACUCAAAGCUUCAGCUUCCCAUGGAGAAGGACCACUCCUCCUGGAAUCAGCAGUCGGGGACGGACAGGCUCAUGAGAAGCGGCAGCGAAGGACAGCUUCUGGAGCUGGACUCGUCAGGACAUCGCAGUGAGAGAAGAAGUGUGCCAGCUGCUUUGGUGGAGUCACGCCACCUGGCUGGCCACUCGCAACGCAUGGCUCUGCCGAACACCGAGGAGCAAGAGGCGGACCACCACCAGUCCGCACACACGGUCCAGAAUUCCGAGGAGGCACCGGGAAAGUGUCCGGAUAAACAGAAGAGCAAGUCUCAUAAGCAGUCCAGGAACCUGAGCAGUUCGAGUAGUUCUAGCAGCAAAAGCUUGCCGUCUGACAGUCCAAAGGAGGCGCCAAGUGGAAAAGGAAAAGGCCAAUCCAACGAUAACAGCGAGGACAGCUUUUUCGACAAGGACAUUCUACCGCAAGAUACCACUGCCUACCAAUUUCUCCUUGGCAAUGUGAAGCCCACUGCUCCGGAAAAGCCUUCCGUGGUGGACCAGCCCUCGGAGAGCAGCACUGACAUUGAGAACGAAAUGGCAGCCGCAGUUAUGACCAGCCAACCCAAGUAUAAAAAGAGUCCCGAAGAGCUCGAGGAUCCCAAAGCUGGCAGCAAUGAUAGCUCCCCUCCGGAGUAUGACGUGACCUCUGUCAACAUACAGAAUCUAAUCAGCGCCAAGGUUAAACAUGACGUGCCUUCGCUUAUUUCACGGAAAGUCCUGGGCCUCGACAUGUACGCGGAGCCCAAAAUAUUGCAGAGCCAAAAGCGAGACGACGAAGACAGCUUCUUCGACUGACGGGGAUACACCGUGAAGCUGAAGCCUGCAGCUCCGUUCGUUUCUGUGUAGCCCGCGGGCGCAUUCGCUACGUGUGUGAUAUGCGGAGAUCUUCGGUGGGUGCGAACUGGAGCACUGCCCCAGAUGCACUCUCGCCUUGCUUAGUCGGCGGCAGUGAAAACGCAUCGUGGUUGCCACGAGCCCUGGCGAAACCGCUUUGCGGGCUGUUUUCACUGCUCCCGUAUAACAAAGACUACAUCAAUGCUAGACCAUUGCAGCCAACGCGUCAGGAAUUUUGUAUCUUUGGUUUUAUACACAUUAUUGCAAGCCACAGCCACGCCUUCUCCUGUUCAGGAAGGAGAACAUGCUCAACUAUACCGCCGCCUAUUCAUUUAGCCUUUACCUUGAGUCGCUCCCCCACAAAGGAUGUGGUGUGAGAGGAGCUUAUAGCAAAGUACGUUUGCCCGUUUACAAAAUGUAACCUGUCGAGAGAGAGAGGGAAAUUAUAGCUGUAACAUAUAGGUAAAAAAUAUCAAUACAUCGAACAAACGCGUGUAUGCUCGCCGUAUCCUGUAGAAGAAACGCGAAAAAGUAUGGACAACGAAGAAACGAGGACGAAGUCGAGUGUCAUAGGAGUCAGAUGGCAUAUCAUAAUGGGCAGUUCGUGGCUGUCGAACUAAAACCCCGUUUACACUUUUCUCUCUGCUACAUUAGAUAUAAGUGUGAAAUAGGCCGCUGAGAUAACAUGAAGCCUUUCAGAAAAAAAAAAAUUGAAAUUGCGACAGCGGUGACGUUGGAGUUCAGGGCGGAGGUAACUUCGCCUUGAGGAGCGCUUACUUAUACGCUUAUAGCGCUUAUACCCUGGCAGCGUUGCCGAAAAUGCCUUGGACGGUACGCGUCGUCAUCAGAAGUUUGCGUAGUACAGUUAUGUCAAGUGCACAACAGACCACUUGCCUUUCCACACCAUUGCGUAGACAAACGCCAAAAACGUGCACGACCACGCUGUGCCGUCCCAAACACAAGUGCCGCAUACAUGACUGCGCGUUGACCACCUGCACGUAAGACUGAGGUUAAAGCGCCGCCAUGCACGUUCCCGCCGAUAAGCGGUGGUGGCGCGCACAUGGAGGGGCUUUAGCUGAGGUAUGGCGAUUCUACAAAUGUAGUCGCUGACCCCCGCGUUGCUUAGCAUGACUUGACGCCGUGGCAGUGCAGUAACAAGUGACGGCAUCGUUAUAAAGCAAUAGAGAAAAGUUCCAACGUUCGUGUAUGCCUGUGUUAAGGCUCUUAACUCAAUACCUGGCUUUUUCUGUCCUUCACGCUUUUGCAGUAGGCUGUAAUAGCGGUACAAUCCGUUUUUGUUCACGCUUUAAUAUGUCCAUUCUAAGAUGGAGCAGUACUGAAAAUACCGAGGUGCUCUCUUGUACGUAUAGUUAGCACUGAAAAGUUGUACAUUCAAAGGCCAAUGUAACGUUGAGAUUUCUGUUAGUUUGUUCGUGUGCACAAUUGUUCCAUAGAAACCACAGUCAGGCGUCGGUGUCAACAAAUGCGUCGUCGUCAUUUUCAAUCCGAAGCACGGUGCACCCACUGUUAUACUGCGGUGGAUAAGUAAGACUAAUACGAGCCAAUAUCCGACCGAUAUUGGUUCUCACGCCCGCCGAGGGCUCUUAAUUCGAUGAAUUAAGAUUUAAUUUAAAGGAAUUCAUUAAUUCGAUGAACGAUUCCGAAAAAAGCGGACGAGAUAACAACGAUUUAUAUAUUGCACUCCUGGAGCGGAACCAAUUAAUAUCAGGAAAGCAAGUAUUGAAAAUCCAGAAGGUCAUUGAACGACUUCGCCUUUACGAUAUUUGCAGUAACGAGGCCAUACAGUGGCUUACACAAGCGCAGUGCCAGUACUGCAUGUGUUCGGGCAGAACGAGGCAGACGUCUUUUGCACCGAGGCCACCAGCUAACUAUCCUGCAAGUGCUCAUAUAUUUCUGUGAAUUAUGCCUUUUAUAGUGAAUUCGAACAUCGCGUUCUAGUCCUACGGCCUGCACUAUUGCCCAGUCACUUUAACUAGAAUUGUACUACUUUCUCUUAGUUUGUUAGAACUUGUAAAAGAGAUGAUCGUUUGGCGACACAUACACAUAAAACGGACAGCGAGGUGGAAUUUUCUGAUCAAGUAAACUGCAAGUGAAUGGAAUGAAUUUGUUCGCUUUCUAAAUAUGAAAGUACAGGACAGGAUUUUCUACCACAUUCUCCGUAACAAUCACCAGGUCUAUGACAUCACGCAACGAUUAGAGAAAUGGCGAGAUGUCAGUUCCUACUUUUAAUUUAAGCCCCCUUUUUUAUGCCUGCGAAUUUGCAUGACACCUUGUUUACAAUGCAUAAACAUAUAUUAUCGCUCAUACGCGUUUCAUUUGCUCAUUGCUCACUCCCGAGCUAGUACAAGCGCGAUUCUCCGUAAACAUUUUUUUAUGCCCACCAGCGUACAACUUAAGUCCGUUCUUUCAUGUCCAGAGCUGAUCUGUAUUUGGGGAUUUAUUUUGAUCCUUUACCACUGAAGUCUAGGCGAGCUAUAGUUAUAUAUACUGACGUCACAUUUCCGACUGUUCAUUUUUUGUUUUGCGUUCAAUGAAGGUCAUGGACCUCAAAAUUCUAUCAAAGAGGAGGUUGUCUGGCAAAGGCUUGAGAGCUCACUUUUGUAAUUCAGCAAAAUUCUACGAGCUAGUUUCUGAAUUCAUUUCUCAGGAGGUGUGUGCUGAAGUCAUGCGCUGUCUGGUGUAUGCAUUGGGCCAUGCAGCACAGCGGACCGAGUGCCAGUCCAUCACGAUGUUCCUCUUCCACGCGACCACCACCUGCGUCAUGGCACAGGCACUACUCGGGAUACAAAGCCGGAACUGGCUCAUGGAAAACCUAUUAUACUGAAUUGAUAAAGUCUGAAUCUUGCCAGUAUUUUUUUCUACUGUAUCAGGGUACUUUCAUUUACCGCAAGAAAUAUAAUGUCGGAAGUGUCUUACUUCUCUGACGAGUAGUGUAUCCACGAGGAGGCACUGCUUGUCGAUGGACAGUCAUGUAUACGGUGGUAGUCUUGACGGAAUAAACGGAGUAUGAACGGAAA